AAACGUGGGUCAUGCGAGUAACAAACGUUACCGUGAAGCGGCCGAACCGAGUCGACGCGGUAGAUGGUGUGGAUAAUCGUACUCCUGGGUGCAUUCCACGUCGCAGUGAGGUUAUGUUACACGCGAUGGACUGACAGCAUCAUUCUUGAUCUCGGCCGUUUUAGAAUAAGAGGAACGUACCCAGCGAGAAAUUUAUAAUAUGAUACAUCCGUUUCUCGAGGAAGAGGAUGCCUGGUGUUACUGGGUUGUCUCAGUUGGUGCGCUGCUAUCAUUCCUUGGCCUCGUUGCUGCUUGCAUCUGCAGUUGUCGACGAAAUGAGACUAAAAAUGAAUUUCUGGGACUUGAUGGUAUGGUGACACUUAAUAAUUCCGAAACAGACAAUUUCAACAGAAUUCUGACAUUGGAUAUACCCCAGGUUGUUAAGCAGGAUGUCAACGAUGGAAAAAGGACUACAAGUGCCAAUAGAAGUCUUCCAGAUAUUCCAAAAGAUAAGAGCAGAGAACAUGAGGAUAUGGUAGAUUCAGUGCCGCAAGAUAUUUAUGAGACCACCGAAAUUAUGGGAGACCAUUCAGAAUUGUAUGCUACAGUUCAGGAUGCAGCUCAAGAACAGGCGUGUGAAAGGGAAACGCAGGAAAUUGUCUUGCAAGGGUGUUCUUUGCCACAAGAUACAUCUCAUCAACAUACAAGAUUUGCAUCUUCUGUCUCUGACAAUGUUGAACAUCCUUAUGCACAAUUACAAAAUGUUCAGAAAACUGAGGCUAGUCAAGUAAAUAGAAAUAAUGUUAAUCAAGUUACAAAUAUUGAAAAGCCGUCAACAUCAGCGGAUCAAUCAAGUGGAAAUCCAAUUGCGCCACCGAGAACCCGACGAUCCACUUCGCACAAUUCGCUUGUUAUUUCCGAGACACAUUACGACAUCCAGGCUGCUAAUGCUAUCUCUGGUGGUGUCCAAGCUAACCAAGACUUGCCUUACAUGACGCCACCUCUCUUGCUACUGCCACAUCCACCACAUUCCCAACAGAAUAAUUCGCAACAGCACUUUAGCGGAGAUUCGCAAGAUUCGAAAGGAUAUACGAGCAUAAGCGUGAGAGAACCAUUAGCUAAUAUAAUAGCACAGACCAAAGCAGUUUACCGACAAAAUCAAUCUACUCGACCAAUUACUGACCCACACUAUGCUACCGUUUCUGAUGACUCAGAUGAAAUGUAUGCUGCAAUUGACGAACAGGAGAAAGUAUAUACCAGUGGAAGUGAAACAUAUGCACAAAUUCAACCAAUGACAUCAGAAGUUCAGAGGCAAACACAACAUGAACAAAUAGCAUUUUGUCAGCCUACGCGCCCAGAUGAAACACAUUCUGCGCCCCAACCACCAAGUGUCGAUAGUUUACGUUAUGUUGCACACGCCCACUCCAGACAAGCAUCGUCAUCAAGUGCUAACAGCUCUGUUAUCAAUCUCGGAUCUCCUAAACCCGAAAAACGCCAAGCAAAUUCUCCUUUACCACCACCACCUGAAGCAACCGCAGAGGGAUAUGCAUCUGUUGAUAAAAAAAAUAAAAAUGAUGACAGAUUAAGAUCUUCGCUGUCAGCAGGAAAAUCGCUUGAAGACAUGUAUGCCAAAGUAAUGAAGAAGAAAAGGGAGAUAGAGGACCAUCAGAAUGCUCAGAACGAUGCUCAUCCAAGCUCUAACAAUGCUUCACAUUCUGAAACAAGUGCUUGCAGAAAAUUGAGUCUUGUAGAGAUCAGCCGAGCAUCGUGGUGCAGCCACGAAUCUGUGGAAAUACAGAAGAAGGAACCCGAUGUUGUACAGUAUUCUACUAGCAAUUCUAUUGCAAGCAACUUUCACACAGAAUGUAACAAUGGCACUUCUUUAAGAUUGCUUAAAGCUGAGGCAGAUGUUCCGUUGCAUUCGGAAUUUGAUCACGCAUAUGAAGCUGUUAACAAUCAAAGCAACUCUGUGGCAAGAGUCACAGCAAAUUCAUCCAAUCCGAACUAUGAGAUGCCACAUUUACAAUGUUUGCGGGAGAGUGACUAUCAAAGCAGUUCAAUAUCCGUGAAAAAAAACAUGGAUAUAUACUCAACACCAUCUAAACACAGACAAGUAAGCAACGCUAGCAGUGACGAUCCCGGUUAUGAGAAGGUACGAUUGCGACGACAAGAUGAAUUGGAUCAGGACACAGAUUCAGAGCCAAAUUAUGAGAGUAUGCCACAUGAUACAAAUGAACCAAAUUAUGCGUCUGUCUGUCGGCCCGGUGAUAGUGAUACAGAUCCAAAUUAUGAGUCUGUAAACCAAACGGAUCCAAAUUAUGAAAGUGUAAAGUAUAUGAGUGUCGCACAAAAUGAGGAACCGCCAUAUGAACAAGUGAAUAAUUUCUUGUUAGAUGUAAAUGCGGACGGUUACGAGAAGGUAAAGAGUAAGAAGAAAACAGACACUGAUUAUGAAAAAAUAAGACUACAUAAUUCCUUGGAACAAAUUAGCAAUGGAGGGGAUACCGAUGAUGAACAAUAUAUUCAAGUGUAAAGCUUUUAUUUGUAUUACUACAAGAUAAGCAUAGUAUACUAGUUCGAACUGCUUAGUAUUUUUUGACACAAUUUCAAGCUUAUUCAAAAUUGAGGGAACAAAAUUCGACCUUCUAUCUUACAAUGAGCAAUUUAUAAAUAAUGUAUCAAAUUGCGUUGAUAUAAUAAUGAGAAUAAGACUGAUGAAGACCGACAGUAAAGAUUAUGAAUGAAGAUUAUGAAUGAAGGAAAAGAUUAUGAAUAAAGAAACUUUAUUGCUUUCUAAAUUUCUUAAGAGGGGAUAUGCAUCCAGAAGGAUCAAAGAAAUUGAUAUUUUAAUUUUUAUAUUAUCUAAACACUAAUACUAUUAAAGAGUGACCUACAUAGAAUACUACAUAAAAAUUUUAGAAAAAAGAGAAAAACAAAUUAUCUAAUGUAGGAAUUAAGCAACCCAACUGGUAAAUUCUAAUUGAAGAAAUGUAUUGCGAAACAUAUCUCACAAUUAGUCAGGGUUGAACUUGGACCUUCCUACACUCUAAACGGACAUCUCAGAGAGGUGAAUGUUUUCUUUUUACUAAGUCUUUUUGCAUUGUUCUAUUUUGUACAAGCGUAAAAAAUAAUUCAUCAAUUUAUAUUGAUCUGAACAUUUUUACCAUCAAAGUUGUCAUCUAUUUAUAACAAAAUUUAUGUAAUAUUUUUGAUAGUUUGUUAUGUAUCAUAUUUCACAAAGUUAAUAUUCAUAUCUCUCAUUCUAUUAUUGUUAUUAUUAUAAUUAAUUGGUAAUUUAUCCAUAAGUACAAUAAACCUAAACCAAUUACAACAAUGCAGAUUAAACGUAUACAAAAUUAUAUUCACUAUUGAAAAUUAGAAUUAAUGAGCUUGAAAGCAUCUACGCUACUGCAAUGUGCAAUGUGAUGUCCGAGCGCGCGAAUUUUGGAUAAAUUGAUUUGUCGACUUUGAACAGUUUUAAUUUAAAAACUAUUAUAGCUUCGAUGUUUUGGUAUUAGGGUUUUUGUCUUAAAAUAAACCAAUAAUAAGUUCUCUUAAGUUUUGUCUCAAAAUUUCAAGAAUCUGUUAAUGACAAGUGUUAUGCCAGGUCUGAUACAUUCUGUAUUAUUAGUAUUUUUAUUUCCAAACUUAUGGAUUAUUUACCAAAGUGUGUAUAAAAGAUUAGGGAAAAGACCUGUUGAAUAAUACUAAUGAUAAUAAUAAAAUAAUAACAU